AUGAGUGGAGACGAAGCAGAAAAGACCCUUAGAGAGUGGGCCACUCAAGAGGUCAACCAACAGCCCAUUUGCAUUACGUUUCCAAAAGCUCAGAACUUCAAACUUAAAUCUAGGUUGAUUCAUCUUCUUCCCACUUUUAGAGGAUUGGAAAACGAAGGCCCACAUAAAUUCCUCAAGGAAUUUCAUUUGGUUUGUUCAGGAAUGAAGCCACAUGCUGUCACAGAAGACCAGAUAAAGUUAAGGGCAUUCCUCUUUUCACUUCAAGAUUCUGCAAGAGAAUGGUUGUAUGAACUCCCAUCAGGUUCCAUCACCACUUGGACAGAACUCGCAAAGCUGUUUUUAGAGAAAUACUUUCCAGAAACACGAGUCUCCAGUCUCAGAAGAGAAAUCCUUGGUAUCAAACAAGGAAAAAGACAAGCUUUACAUACCUACUGGGAGAGAUUCAAGAAGUUGUUGGUCCGUUACCCCCAACAUGGAAUUAGUGAUUACCAGCUCUAUAAUUGUUUCUGUGAAGGUCUAACACCCAUGGAAAGGCGGCUUAUAAAUGUUUCCGGUGGUGGUUCUUUGGGUGACAUGACCAUAACUGAAAUCAGAGAGCUGAUUGAGAAGCUGGCGAUCGAGUCUAAACAUUCCGGGAAUGAAGACGAUUGGUAUCUAGAUCAGCCAAGAGGGGUCAAGGAAGUCAACAAUGUUCAUCUGGAAGCUCAGAUAUCUGAAUUGACAAAAGUUGUGCUGCUCUUGACUAAAGAAAAAGCAGCUGCAAAGAAACAAUGUGGGAUUUGCUUAAAGACUGAUCACCAUACAGAUAUAUGCACAAUAUUGCAAGAGGAUACAAUUACAGUCAAAGCUGUCGGGGGCUACCAACAGAAUUUUCAAAAUAAUUAUCAGCAGAAACAACAAUUUCAGCCUCCACCCGGAUUUCAACAGCAGCGAAAUUUUCAGCAGCCAGGCUUUCAGCAAAACUUUCAGCAGCAAAAUUUCCAGAAUUAG